CGAGGACUAGAUAAAACCAUCUUUGAUUUGUGAAAAAAUGCGAAAUUAGGUGGUAUUUAAUAAAUGUUCCUGGAUGAAUUGUAUUGUAAUGUGAGUUUGGUCAAUGCUCUUUGUGUAGAGCUUGUUUUCGCUGCGAUAAGAGAGGUGGAUAGUGAGAAAUUUGCGUGUAAAGUGGAGACUGACAUUUUUCUUGUGGUGCAGUUAGGAUUGAAUUCCCUGAAUUGCUGUGAUAACGGGUUCACUUUCGACUACUAAGUGCUCCCGGAGAGUCUGUCCAAGCUGCAGAGAAUUGACUUCCAUCGAGACAAAGGAAGCCAUGAGUGACUCCAACGAUGCUUCUGAUGGAGAAAAAGGGUUGUCAUUACCUGAGGACUCGUGUGCUUUGGGCGAUGAUGAUAAGAGCUUUCAAGAAUUCUUCUCCGAACUCAGGCAAAAGCAAUUCGUCUCAUCAGAGUCUCAUGUCAGCGACUCGCCAAUCACGGACUUAAGCCACGAUCUGUGCUUAGCCUCUCUCAAAACACCCUGCGUGGCUUCGCUGGAUCAUGACGAGUGCCGAGAUCUCAUUCCAACGGCGGACAGUGGAAUCUCUAACAGCUACCAAUCCGAGGAGAAAUCUACUGGUCUCAUCAACAAUUCUUUCAACUUGAGCACUGGCUCGCGAUCAGCCACAAUGCGGCGGGGCGAGAGCCGCGUGCGGGGGAGCAGACGGCCGAACAUCACGCCGCUCUGCAUUUCCUAUGACUCGCCGGAGAAGGAGGCUAUGUCCACGGAGGAUCUCUCGCUGUAUGCCGGCAGCAGCCCCCAAGCUAGUCCGCGUCCCUGCUCCAUCAGUCCCAGCAUGGAGAUGGGCGGUCUGCUGUCGCCAGAGGUGAGCCCGUCGCGCUUCCGGAUGCCCGUCGAGGAGGUCUCUGUGUCUCAGACGGCCCCACGGCGAUCCUUCGAGGAGAUCGACGCCAACUCGAUGGACAGUGGGUACAGUGCAAGUUUCGGCGCAUCUGAGGGUGGCGCGGAGAACAAGGGAGCCUUUGAGUUCGCCCAGCCGCUGGGAUUGGCACCGAGACGUGUGGAUCCGUCACCGCGAAAGACACCCACCACCUCCAGGAGCUUCUCGUCGCCGCAGAAUCGCACGCCCACGAACAGGGGAUUCCGCGUGUUCAGCAGCCUCUCGUCCGGCUCAAUGGAGUCAAUGGAUGACGAUUAUAUGGAGUUGUUUGACAUCGAGACAAUGGAUUGCGAAUCUCAGAUGCCUAGCAAUAUUACGUCGCUCAUAAGUGGUGACAUCAAGACGCUCAGGUCAACCCCAGAAAGCAAGAGACCACUCGUCAGACGCUGCCUCUCACUGGUGGACUCCACGGACAGUCAGCGAGUGGCUAUCGAGCCGAAGACACCGGACUUCAUGAGUCCCUUGAGAAUGUCGAUGGUGCGCAAUGUGACAAUCCGCUCCGAGGAGUCCACGAAGGCCUUCAAGCGCCCUGAGCCAUUGGUCGGCAGUCCAGUACAGAGCAAAAGGUACAAGAGUGAGCUGAAUGUGAGCAUGGACAUGAGUCCUCUCACGCCAAUCUUCGGCGCUCAGGACAAGGAGAAUGCACGCGACAAGAGCAACCUGCCCAAGAGGAACAUCCUGAAGAAGUCCAUCUCGCUGAAUGAGACUGUCAUCAUGAGCGCCCUUACGCGAUCCAUGACCAAUCCUGACCUGAUUGGGGACUUCAGCAAGCCCUUCUGCCUGCCAUUGCUGGAGAGUGGUCGCCACAAGGAUCUCAAGUCCAUCUCGGUGCAGACGAUGGCAAAGCUGCUCAAUGGAGCCUUCGGUGACUCCGUGGCAUCGUUCAAGAUUAUCGAUUGUCGCUACCCGUACGAGUACGAAGGCGGUCACAUAGCGGGCUCCAUGAAUCUCUACACGCAGGAGCAGAUUCUGGAGGAAUUGGUGACGACAAAGACUGAAGUGGCAGACAUGAGUGAUGGGAAGAGGCACAUCUUGGUCUUCCACUGUGAGUUCUCAUCGGAGCGCGGUCCGAAAUUAUCUCGUUUUCUGCGAAAUCACGAUCGACACUGCAAUGAGAAUUCCUAUCCGGCACUUCAUUACCCAGAAAUUUACCUCCUCCACGGCGGCUACAAGGAGUUCUACGAGAUCUUCCCUGACCUGUGCGAGCCACAAACGUACAGACAGAUGCUGGAUCCGGGCUUCAGUGAGGAGUACAAGCACUUCAGGGCCAAGACGAAGAGCUGGACUGGAGAGGGCAAAGCCACCGCGUCCAAUCGUGUCAUGAAGUCGAGAUCGCGACUGAUGCUGUAGGAAAGAGAGUGGAAAUCCAGUGGCGAUUGGCAGAAUGAGAGAGAAAAAAACAGUGCGCUUAUUUUCAAAUUAAUUGUCUGGAAAAUGCAAUUUAUCCC